ACUCGCCACUCACUCAUGCCCGGCGGCGCGGCAGAACAGUCGCAAACUCUGAGACCUCCCUGGAUUCACCUACAUAUAGUCACAGAGACCAAGCGCCUUCGUCCGCACAGUCCUUCAUGUUCGGCUAUCAUCGGCACCGCCAAGAAAUCAAGAUGGCGAGCGACCUGUUUCUGGCGGCGCUGCUAAUUUCCGUGGCGUCAUUGGCCGGACUGGCCGCCGGAGCGCGCGCAGGCGGCAUCGCGAUCUACUGGGGCCAGAACGGCAACGAAGGCACGCUGGCCCAGACCUGCGCCAGCGGCAACUACAAGUUCGUCAACGUGGCCUUCCUGUACACCUUCGGCAAGGGCCAGGCGCCGCUGCUGAACCUGGCCGGCCACUGCGACCCGGCGACCAGCGGAUCGUGCACCUUCGUGGGCGCUGACGUCAGGUCCUGCCAGCGCCUCGGCAUCAAGGUCCUGCUCUCCAUCGGCGGCGGCGUCGGCAGCUACGGCCUCUCGUCCCGCGCGGACGCUAGGCUGGUCGCGAGGUACCUCUGGGAGAACUACCUCGGCGGCACGUCGGCAUCGAGGCCCCUCGGGGACGCCGUCCUCGACGGCGUCGACUUCGACAUCGAGAGCGGCGGGAGCGCGCACUGGGACGACCUGGCGCGGGAGCUCAAGAAGUACUCGGGGAAGGGGCGCGAGCACAAGAAAGUGUACCUAGCGGCGGCGCCGCAGUGCCCGUUCCCGGACGCGUCGCUCGGCGGGCUCGGCGGCGCGCUCGGCACGGGCCUGUUCGACUACGUGUGGGUGCAGUUCUAUAACAACCCGCCGUGCCAGUACACCACGGACAGCGGGGUGGGCAACCUGGCGCGCGCGUGGGAGCAGUGGACGGCGAUACCGGCGAGGCAGGUGUUCCUGGGGCUCCCGGCGGCGCUCGAGGCCGCCGGCACCGGGUUCGUGGAGACGACAGACCUGGUGUCCAAGGUGCUGCCGGUGGUGAAGAAGUCGAAGAAGUACGGUGGCAUCAUGCUGUGGUCGAGGUUCUACGACGGGAAGACCGGGUACAGCGACAAGGUCAAGCCCAGCCUGUGAGCUGGUAUUAACUGCUAAGCUCCGGUCAGGGAUAGUAUUGACCACGUACCAAUAACAUAUCUCGAAGCCUGAUAGUAUUGAGCAAAGAUAAUAACAGGACGAAAUGUAUAAUUGUAUUCAUCGCGCUCGUUAAAAACUUGUUUG